ACGUGGAGAGCACAGACAGAGAACAAAGGCUAAAACCCUGUCCCGUGGAUCUACGAAACCCACAUAAACCCUCUCUCCCUCCCAACGACCGAGGAAGCCAUCAAAAUCAUCGCAACGUGAAAGUGAGAGUGAGAGUGAAAGAGAUCUGAUUGUGUUGUGAAUCAAUCUCAGACACGACGCUAUGAGAAGGGUACCUUCCAUUCUCUUCAGAACCCUCACGUCCCCUCGCGUCGCCACCUCUUUCUCCGUCCCCAACCGCCUUCUCCAGGCCGCGCUCUACCGCAGCGCCGCCGCCCGCUCUCACCGCCGCCGCUUCUCCUCGCUCCUCGGUCCUCUCGCCGCCGCGUCUCUCGGCGUUGCUGGGGCUCUGGUCUCUCAGGAAGUCCUCGCCAAGGAGCCCCCGCCGCCAGAGGCUCUCCCGAACGACGUCGUUCUUUACCAGUUCGAGGCUUGCCCUUUCUGCAACAAAGUCAAAGCAUUUUUGGACUACUACGAUAUACCUUACAAAAUUGUGGAGGUCAACCCUCUCAGUAAGAAAGAAAUCAAAUGGUCUGAGUAUCAGAAGGUGCCAAUACUGAUGGUAGAUGGUGAACAGCUAAAUGAUUCAUCAGUUAUAAUUGAUAAGCUGGGACAUAAGAUUCUGUCCAAGAAAAUUGUAGAUUCAACUUCUGAGGACGAAGAGACAAAAUGGCGGCGGUGGGUUGAUAAUCAUUUGGUACAUGUUCUGUCACCAAACAUAUAUCGAAAUACAUCUGAAGCACUUGAAUCCUUUGAGUAUAUUACGAGCAACGGCAAUUUCAGCUAUCUUGAAAAAUUUUCGGUGAAGUAUGCUGGAGCUGCAGCUAUGUAUUUUGUGUCUAAGAAACUGAAGAAAAAAUAUAACAUCACUGAUGAACGUGCUGCUCUUUAUGAGGCAGCAGAAACAUGGGUAGAUGCUCUGGAUGGCCGGGAGUUCCUUGGAGGGUCUAAGCCUAACUUAGCCGACCUGGCUGUUUUUGGGGUUUUAAAGCCCAUACGCUAUUUAAGGUCUGGCAAGGAUAUGGUGGAGCAUACACGUAUUGGCGAGUGGUAUGCAAGAAUGGAGAGUGCUGUGGGAGAGCCUUCCAGGAUUAAAGCCUAAAUUGGGUCCUUUCUUGUCCACUGGUUUCUAUUAUUAUUGGCUUCUAUUAUUAUUAUUAUGCUCUUGCUUUUGCCUCCACUGGUUUGAUGGAAAACAUUUAGGUUUCUCAGAUAACAUAUUUGGCUCUUUAGAACAAUACUACAAAGUGGUAUUAGUCUUAUAUAUAGGCAAAGUUUUGCUGAACAAUUGAUUCUUUGGAAAAAUUAUUCUUCUAUUAUAGCUGCUGUUAUUGUAAAGAUUAAAGAAAUCUUUGAGCUGUAUCAAAGAAUAAGGCAACGUCUGCUAUGCCUGUGAUACUUUUAACACCUUGGUUUUGAUUAAUUUGAUGUAUAAAUGACUUGAUAGAGUUGAAUAUUGAGUUUGAUUUUGAUCACU